UAUAUUUGAUGGAAAAAGAAGAACAUGUUUGAGUCUCACUCGUUUAUAUGUAAAUUACAUAGGCAUUUCCAGGCCAUGUAAUCCUGAGUAUAUAGUCUAUAAAAAAUUAAAUAAAAUGUCAGAAAAUGAUUCCGACUCAGGUAUUUUUUUAAAAAGAAAACAAGAAAACCAACAAAGAAUACAACAAAAACACAGAAAAUUUCAUUUAACUCGCCCGAAAACUUUGUUUCCAACGUCUCCAGAAAAAAUAAUCGCCGAUUUGAACCGUGGACUCGCCGAUUUUGCUGGAAAAAGGGCCGAAGGGCUUUGUGCGGAGGAUAAUUCCAAAAAAAAUUUGUCACUACUGAAUUAUAAUUCGAGCCAGGUACAAAACGUAAUCACAAGUCUCGAAAAUAUAAAACUUAAAAUUGGUAGAUGGAAAUUAUUCUUAUCUGUAACACCUCAACAACAAUCUCAACAACAAUCUCAACAAAAACCUUCACCACAAACUCAACAACAACAAGGCCCAAGUAAAACGGAUUCUCCAUCAGCUUCAUCAGCUUCGUCAGCUUCAACAUCUGGUACAAGAAAGAAAUAUGGCAAUUGUGUUCCAACAUUUGUUAAAGCAGUGUACUCAUAUAUGAUUUCGCAUCAACUCGAUGUGGAUUUUGCGCAAAAGAUGGACAAUUUUUUGGAUGUUAUAGAAAGGCAAAUUCAAUGUUACAAGCUGCUUAAAAACGACAUUGAUGAGGACGCUACAAAAAUGUCAGCUGCCCUAAAUGUUCAAGAUGCAAAUUCACAGUUGGAUAAUUCAAGCGCACAAAAUAUUUCAUCACACUCACAACAGCAACAACAACAACAACAAACUUUGCCGUAUCAUCCUGGAUCAUCCGGCCAAUAUAAAUAUUAACACUGUACAUCGCAUACACAGAGAUACUAAGAGACUGAAAGGAUAAACAUACUAAACCAAUUCAAUGAUCAUGUCAAAAUAUUAAAUGCUUGUUGAUAAAAUUUGUAGAUGCAUUUCAUCGAAACAUCUGUGCGCUGAGGAAAAACCGUGAUUUUUUUGCAUAUUUCAAGCUAACUCAUCCAGAGGACUUAUAGUGUAUAUUUUUGAAGUUAUUUGAAUGAAAUUGUAUAAAUUGAAAUAGAAGUUCAAAAAAGAAUCAAGAAUUGGAAAUAAAUAGUUUUGAACGUUGUUAAAUUGGAUUA